UCUAACAAAAGUUGAUGUCAUAAAGUUGGUUUAUUUUCUUCUAUAUAUACGCUUAGUUUCGUGCAAACUCUGUAACUCAUCAAACUUCAAUGCCAUAAUUUGGGCAAAAAUGGGAACAAAGAUUGAAGCUUUUGCACUGAGCCUUUUGGUGGCAAGUCUAGUGUUGCUUUGUCCUGCAGUUUCUGCAUCAGAUGAUGGGCUGAUGAGAAUAGGAUUGAAGAAGGUGAAGUUUGAUCCAUCAAAUAGGGAAGCUGCUCUCCUCGACUCGAAGGAGAGCCUCAGAGCCAAGGCCGGGGAUGGAGGGGAUGCCGUUGUGGCACUCAAGAACUACAUGGAUGCUCAGUACUUUGGUGAGAUUGCCAUCGGCACCCCACCGCAGAAAUUCAUGGUCAUUUUCGACACGGGAAGCUCCAACCUGUGGGUGCCAUCUUCGAAAUGCUACUUUUCUCCUGCUUGUUUUCUCCAUGCCAAAUACAAGUCUAGGCAAUCUAGUACCUACAAAAAGAAUGGGAAAUCUGCUGCGAUUCAAUAUGGAACAGGAUCAAUCUCUGGAUUCUACAGUGAAGAUGUUGUUACAAUUGGCAAUUUAGUUGUGAAGAAUCAGGAGUUUAUUGAGGCAACAAGUGAACCUGGUGUGACAUUUGUGGCUGCCAAGUUUGAUGGCAUAUUAGGACUUGGAUUCCAAGAGAUCUCAGUCGGGAACUCGACCCCCCCAUGGUACAAUAUGAUUGCACAAGGCCUUGUUAAGGAGCCUGUGUUCUCAUUCUGGCUGAAUAGGAAUGUGAAUGAUCAAAACGGCGGUGAGCUUGUUUUUGGUGGCUUUGAUACCAAACAUUUCAAGGGCGAACAUUCGUAUGUUCCGGUCUCAAGGAAAGGCUACUGGCAGUUUGACAUGGGUGAUGUUCUCAUUGGUGGUAAACAGAGUGGCUAUUGCGCCCAAGGAUGUUCCGCGAUUGCAGAUUCCGGGACUUCUCUUUUAGCCGGUCCAACGACUGUGAUAGCAAUGAUCAACCAUGCCAUUGGAGUAUCUGGAGUGGUAAAUCAAGGAUGCAAGUCUUUGGUUCAAAAAUAUGGCUCAUCAAUCAUGGAUCUUCUCUUGAAAGAGUUGCAACCAGAGAAUAUAUGUGGCCAACUCGGGGUGUGCGAAGCCCAUGGAGCAAGCAGCGAGGGCAUCGAGAGCGUUGUGGGAGAUGAGGAGGGCAAAUCAGCGGGCCUGAUCAAUGCUCUGUGCCCGGUUUGCAAAAUGGCCGCGGUUUGGAUGAAAAGCCAACUCGGGCUUAACAAAACCCGAGACGUUGUAUUGAAGUAUGCUAACGAGGUUUGUGAGAAGAUGCCUAAUCCACUGGGACAAUCAAUUGUUGACUGUGGAAGUAUUGCUUCUAUGCCUAUUAUUUCCUUCACAAUUGGUGGCAAAACUUUUGAUCUCUCAUCAAAAGAGUACAUACUUAAGGUGGAAGGACAAGGACAAGCACAAUGCAUUAGUGGUUUCACCGGCAUCGAUGUUCCUCCUCCACGUGGACCACUCUGGAUCCUCGGAGAUAUGUUUAUGGGUCGCUAUCAUACCGUGUUCGACCAUGGGAAACUGAGAGUUGGGUUUGCUGAAGCUGUUUAGAGAAAAAUUUCAUAUUUACAAAAAUAAUGUGAUCAGUAAUUACAUGUGAUAUUUGUUUUGAGUGUACUCACUGUUCAAGAUUUGGAUCUUUAUUUCAAUGAAACAAUCUUUCUUGGCAAAAAUUAAUGUUCUGUUU